CCCACUUCCAACUACCUCUCGCUCCUCGCACGGGCUCAUAUUCCGAAGAGAAGGGCACGAUGCUGUCUCGGUCGCAGGCGGCCUUUAGGCUGCGGCUAUCUGCUUCGCGAGUUUCGAUCGUGGGAGCGGCGCGACUUCGACCGAGGACGAGCCUGGCCCCAGUCCCUGCUUCCCAAUUCCACAGCUCGACACGGCGACAUUUCACAGCGCCCUCUGCCACCCUUCGUCAGAGCCAGGAGCUUCCCAAAGCUCCCUUUCCGAUCUUUACGACUGUGAAUGACUUUCGGACAUGGCGCAAAAAGGCUGAAAAGGAGGGCAAGACGGUCGGCUUCGUGCCCACCAUGGGUGCUCUCCACGACGGCCACCUCUCCCUCGUCAAGGCAUCGCUAGCAGAGAAUGACCUGACGGUCGUCUCGAUCUUUGUCAACCCGGCCCAGUUUGCCCCGACCGAGGACCUUGCCGCGUACCCGCGCACGCUCCCCUCCGACAUCGAGGCCCUCGAGAAGCUCGCCGCAGGGUCCGCGACGUCUCCUUCUUCUUCUUCUUCCUCCUCCUCCCACGGCGGCAUCGCCGCCAUCUUUGCGCCCACCGUGACGGAAAUGUACCCGUCGCCCGACGGCAAGGCCUUUACGCAGCACGUGGCCGACCAGGUCGGCGCCUUUGUCGAGGUGCACGGCCUGCAGCACGAGAUGGAGGGCGCCUCGCGGCCGACGUUUUUCCGCGGCGUGGCCACUGUCUGCACGAAGCUGUUUCACAUUGUCGCGCCGCACCGGGCCUACUUUGGCCAAAAGGACAUCCAGCAGGCCAUUCUCCUUCGCCGGCUCGUGCUGGACCUCUGCUUUGCGCACCCCGAGGGCCCAGAGGCUGUCAGGGUCCUGCCUACCUCGCGCGACCCCGGCGAUGGGCUGGCGCUGAGCAGCAGAAACGCGUACUUGACGCAGAAGGCGAGGCCGUACGCCACGGCGCUCUACAAGGCCCUCCAGGCUGGCCAAGCAGCGUGGGAGCAGCAUGUCCAGGGGCAGGGUCAAGAGAGAGUCGCAGAGACGCUUAGAAGAGCAAGAGAGGUGGCUCAGCAGGAGGCAGAGCGGGCAGCAGAGGACGGCAUCCAGAUCGACGUCCUGUACAUCAGCCUCAACGACCCCAUCUCGCUCGGCUCGCUCGAGGGAGCGACGGGCGACGGGGGCAAGCGGGGCGCGAUCCUCAGCGGGGCCGCCAUGAUCAAGGACGGUCCCGACGGGCGGGCGACGCGGCUGAUUGACAAUGUACUCUUGGGAUUCGCAAUGUGAAGCACUCAUCAACGAAGCGAUGCUUUAGCGAGCGACUGUAGAACGAGUGCUAUGCUACCCAGUUGAACCGACGAGGGAGUUAGUCGCGUGCUUGCUUGCCUUUUUUUUUCUCUUCUUCCAAAAGUGGAGCAGCG